GUGCGGUGGAGGAUCCCCACCCGUGAGCAUGGCGCUGUGCUAGUGUAUAACGUUAAAUGAAAACCGGAGAGAGCAGACGGAGAGGGAAAACACUAGCAUGCGCCCCGAUCGCUUCAAAUAAUCAGAUUUUAAGGGACUGUGUAAUAAUUCACCGAUGCCAGAGGCAGUCCGCUGGGUUUCUCCACGCAGUCUUCGUUUGCUUCUAUAGGAUGGUGAGCUGAGCAGAUAAAAAGCACACGUUAUUGGUGAUUGCAUCUAUCCAGUCGUUCCCUGUGGUGAAUUACAGGCGCGCGCGGGCCGCCGGUGCUCCGUGAUCAUGAAGCGCUGCAGCUGCGGGAAGCGCGUCUUUGUGCGAGGCGUGUUUAUGUCCGCGGACAGACUCGUUUAAACGCCCUACACAUGAAUGCCAUUGUCAUGUCGAGUGCCGUCUGAGUUUAUUUUGAUUCUUCGAACCGUUCAGACCGGAGAGAUGCGUGAGUAUAAAGUGGUGGUGCUCGGGAGCGGCGGGGUCGGUAAAUCUGCCCUCACCGUGCAGUUCGUCACCGGGACGUUUAUUGAGAAGUACGACCCGACCAUCGAGGAUUUCUACCGUAAGGAGAUCGAGGUGGACUCGUCGCCGUCGGUGCUGGAGAUCCUGGACACGGCGGGCACGGAGCAGUUCGCGUCCAUGCGGGACCUGUACAUCAAAAACGGACAGGGCUUCAUUCUGGUCUACAGUCUGGUGAACCAGCAGAGCUUCCAGGACAUCAAGCCCAUGAGAGACCAGAUCAUCCGAGUCAAGAGGUAUGAGAAGGUCCCUGUUAUCCUGGUGGGGAAUAAGGUGGAUCUGGAGGGCGAGCGCGAGGUGUCUGUGAGGGAGGGACAGGCGCUGGCCGAGGAGUGGGGCUGUCCCUUCAUCGAGACGUCUGCCAAGAGCAAGACCAUGGUGGACGAACUCUUUGCAGAGAUCGUACGGCAGAUGGACUACGCGGCACAGCCGGAUAAAGAUGAUCCGUGCUGCUCCUCCUGCAAUAUACAAUAACCCCCAACACACACACACACACACAGAGAGAACUCACAUUACACUAGCUUUGAUGGACCUUCUAGUCUCGACGGAUUUCCAUCAUGCUGUAUCUGCAGACUGACAGUAACUCUGAGGAUUUUCUUUCUUGUCACUUUAAAUCCUGACUGACUCAACCACAGGAAGAGCACUUGCCUUCGGUUUCACAUUUCCUGUUUGAGCAGGAUCAUUCAGUGGCGAUUAAGUUGGACUUUUAUGUUCUUGGUUUUAUGGUAUUGUGACUUUGUCUGAAUUGGUCACCAGGUCAAAGAGAGAGAGAAAUAAGAGGGUUCUUAGCCAUAUGCUUGAUAUAGCCAUAUAAUCCUUUAAUGAAGACUUUAUAAAUGUCCAUUUAUUUGGGAAUAAAUCCCUGAAAAAUCUUCUUUUUCUUAUCAAUUUCUCUUCUGACACACAUAGAGGUAGAAAACAGUCAGGUGACUUCAGCUUUGUUCCAAAACCUAGUUAACUGCCUAACUCGACAGAAUUAAAGCCCAAACUAAUUAAGCCUCGUUCAGACUGUCAGCCCAAAUCCGAUUUUGUGUGUAUCCGGAUGGAAUCUGAUUUGAAUAACUGACUGUCCACACAAAGUGUAUUGUAACGGUUCAUAUCCGAUUUGUGUGUCCAUAAAAGCUCUUUCGUUUUACGGAAUAUGCAGACUGAAACGGAUUUCCAGGAAUGCGAUUUGAAUAGGAUUCCAAACCACAUAUGAAUGUAGCUUGAAAUGGAUUUGCAAAAAUCAGAUUUCAUGUAGUUCAUUGCCGUUUUUAAAUAUGAUAUGAUUUCAAACGGAUUUGCACAAAAAUCGGAUUUGGGCUGACAGUCUGAACAAGGCUUAAGUUCCUUAUGCAUUCCCAGAAUGCAUUGCGGUGAGCUCUACGAAAAAUUCGCCCAAGAUUCUUAAUAUUCGUGGAUUUCAUUUCAUUUCUUAAUAUUUUGCCUAAAAUAGUAAAAUCUCGUUUUUUGUAAUGUGUGUGUUCUAUGCAUUUGUAGCGCACCAUGCUGUUAGCUUAGCAACAUCCUAAAGUCAACACAGGGACAGGGACGUAUCGCCCUCCACCUCUGGACACAGAGAAGUUCUGUUCAUUUAGGAUCUCGUAAGGCUCUGUAGGACUUGUCUCUUUUUCUGUCUCUCUCUGGUUUAUCACCCUCUUUCUCACGCAUCUCUUCAGCAUCUCGGCCCCUUUCUGCACUCGUUCUCAAUAUUCAGUUAUGCUCGUGUGGGUCAUUGAUGCUGACGAUGAUGGCUAUUGCUUGACUGUGGAUGCAUUUGUACAGAGGUUGCCAGUUUUUGUUGGUAUCCUCCACUUGGCUGGGCUUGAGGUUCGAUAUCAAGGCUGAACUUAUAGAUUACGGAGGUGUGUGAGUGUGUGUGUUUGAAAAGAGAGCUCUGAGUCAGUAUUGAUUUUAUAUUUUUUAUGUGGACCUGUGCUCAACUCUUCUGAAUGAUUGAAUGGUGACACUCUUUUUUGUUUUGUUUGGCACCUAAAUAAAGUGCAUCUGACACUGCAGUGCA